CUCUCUCUCUCUCUCUCUCUCUCUCUCUCAUAUACACACACACACACCUACCUAAUAUACUGAGCUUUACUACUGGCUAAGCUAGAACACACGGCGACGUGUAGCCCGCCUGUCUGCUCUCCACAUAAACACUAACAGAGCCUGGGCAAGCUACUCUUAUAAACUUCAGUACAUCUUAACAAGCACUUUUACUUUCUACACUUCUCCCCUCCUGGUAUGCAUGCCGGGUAUUAUCCCCGGGAGAAUACUGAAUACUGAAACAACACCACUGGAGCAUUGGUAAUGGAGGAAUUCGCCAUGCUCACUCCCUGCUCUGUGUGGAAAUGAUUUUAACAGGCACCACCAACUAACGCAGAGAAUUGUUGACGCGCGUUUGGACUAGUUAAAACCUUUCGAGAAAUCUGAGCCUGACUCUGAGAACUUACAGAAGAGAAGGAACUUUCUGGUUGUGUGGGGAUUUUUUUUUUUUUUAUAUAUAUAAUACAUUUUCUUGCAGAAUAAAAAGCUUUCUUCAGACUAAAUCCCAAGGAUAUUACCACGCAAAACCGCACCAUGCCGAGCUCAACGAUCCGGAGGCAGAUGAAAAAUGUGGUCAAUAACUAUUCCGACGCAGAGAAAAAGGUCAGAGAGGCGACCUCCAACGAUCCCUGGGGGCCGUCCAGCUCACUAAUGUCCGAGAUCUCUGACCUCACGUACAACGUGGUGGCCUUUUCCGAGAUCAUGAGCAUGAUCUGGAAGAGGCUGAACGAUCACGGCAAGAACUGGAGGCACGUGUACAAGGCACUGACGCUGCUGGACUACCUGAUCAAGACCGGCUCGGAGCGCGUGGCCCUGCAGUGCAAAGAGAACAUCUUUGCCAUCCAGACCCUCAAAGACUUCCAGUAUGUCGACCGCGACGGUAAAGACCAGGGCAUCAACGUGAGGGAGAAGUCCAAGCAGCUGGUGGUUCUGCUGAAAGAUGAUGAUCGGCUGAAGGGCGAGCGCUCACAGGCCCUUAAGACCAAAGAGCGCAUGGCCCAGGUAGCCACCAGCGUCGGCAGCAGCCACCAGAUCGGCUUUGGUCGUGGCUCCAGUCAACCGAACCUCUCCACCAGCUACUCGGAGGAGUAUGGCAGGUCCGAGGGCUCACCGGCGUCAUAUCACGGAUCCACAUCCCCCAAUGCGUCAUCGGAGCUAGAGCAGGCCCGACCGCAGACGAGCGGAGAGGAGGAGUUACAGCUGCAACUCGCCCUGGCCAUGAGCAGAGAGGCAGCAGAGCAGGAGGAGAGGAUGCGCCGUGGGGACGACUUGCGGCUCCAGAUGGCUCUGGAGGAGAGCCGUAAAGACUCGGUGAAAGGGCCCAAAAAGAAGAAAGAGCCUCAGUCGACUUUGAUGGAUCUGAUAGAUGCAGUCCCCGGAGGUCCUGUUGAUCCAUGGGGGGCAGGAGCAAGAGCAGCAGCAGCAGCCCCCGCCCCCACCUCAGACCCCUGGCAAAGCUAUGGUAAACCUGGUAGUGUCACUAAGCCAGCAGCUCCUGUGGAUCCCUGGGGUCUGCCAGCUUCUGCACCAUCAGUCUCUCCCAUAAAGAACAGUGACCCCUGGGGGUCAAGCCCUGCUCUUACAGUGGCUGAUCCAUGGGUUUCAGGACCUGCCGCUCGUCCCAAAGCCCCUGGCCCAGGGUCUUUUGAUCUCUUCUCCACAUCAAAUGGUACCUCUAAGGACGACCUAGAUGAUUUUGACAGUCUUCGCUCUUCGAUGAUGUCAGGUGUUGGUAAAGGAAGCUCAGCAAUGCCUUUACAGACCAGCAAGUCUGCCAGCCCUGACCUGUUUGACUUGCAGCCAACCAGAAAUACCCCCGAGUCUUUCCUGGGUCCUAAUGCAGCCCUGGUAAACCUGGACUCUCUGAUCACCAAGCCUGCUCAACCAGCUCCUGUUUCUAAUCCUUUCCUUGCUGGAGGAGCCACCCCUGCCCCUCCAGCUCAGGUCCAGGUCAACCCGUUUCAGGUGAACCAACCACAGCCACCCACUCUCAACCAAAUGAGAGUAAGCCCCAUGAUGGGCCUCUCAGGCCAGGGAUUGAGCAGCCUGUCCCAGAGAAGCAAUGAACCCAUGCCCUUGUCCUCUCUGCCCCCUGCUGGUGCUGUGGGCAUGGGGCCUGUGGGUGGCAUGGCCCCUAUCGUUCCCAUGGGCCAAAUGAUGCCAAGCAUGGGCUUGCCAGCCUCCAUGUCAAUUCCGCAACCGCUUAUGAGCGGCGUGCUGCCGCCUACAGGCACCGCAACCCAGGCUACUGGCCCCACUAAUCCCUUCCUGUUGUGAGGAACAAUAUAGGCCUGUCUCCUUCUCCCGGCUCCUUUCCUAUAGUAUGGACAGCAUACUGUCAUGUUCCCCAAACCAAUGUGCUAUUUUGAGACUUUCUGGAGUAGCAGUGGUGUUUACAGUUUUUACAUUGGCAGGAGAUGCUGUCUCUGGCGGUAGGUACCAUAGAGUGAUUGGUAUUUUAUUUUUCUAAAUUUACUCGAAUGGACUGCCAGCGAUUGAUUACUGUGUCUCUAGGUGUGACUUUCUCACCACUCUUAGUCUACGGUCGCAUUCUGAAAGACAGCCUUGUGUUCAAAAGGGGCUCUGAUUUUUAAAUUUGCUUUGAUUGCUCAUUUUCUUAACGGAGGCUUAAAACUCUGCUUUCUCUUGUUUAAUUUUCUAAUUUUUAGUAUUUUUGAAGCUGUAUAAUUGCAAGAAAGGAAGAAAAAAAAAGCUAACCCGUUUUAAUCAAAACAGCCUAUAUGUUCUACCCGGUGCAUAUACACUAUGUGUAUUAUACAGUACGUUAUAAGUAGACACAUUUUAGACGACACUAUCAGUUUACAUGGUAAUAAUGUUGAUGUUCAAAGCAGGGAAUUUGCACACUUUUUUUUUUUCUCCUCCCUUGUUUUGACUGUUGGCUCACCGUUAGUCCUUAGCUCGACUCUGAUCCACCUGUUUAUUAUUUUUAGUGUGGAAACAAUGCUUAGGAUGCGGAGAAUUUUAUCCACAACGUCUGCCUGUUUGAAUGGUUUCAAAUCGAAUGCAUCGGAAGACGAACUUCAUAGUGAAGUGGAGGGGAUUUUUAAUGCAUGAUGUGGAAUUGGCUACCAUAUCAUACCAAGGCUCGACUUUUAAAAUAAAAUUAAAGUAAAAUAAAUAUAUAUAUAUAUAUAUAUAUAUAUAUAUAUAUAUAUAUAUAUAUAUAUAUAUAUAUAUAUCAAAACCUCUCUUUGUGAUGGUUUUUAGAGCUUGUGGAUUGGUUAAUACGGGCUAUUUCAGUUCAUUAUGGUUUAUUACUGCUGCAGAGAUUAUUCUUCACACAGCUUCUCACCUCGUCCUGGUGGUAACUGCUUGACAGAGCUAAUUAAUGAGCGAAUCAAUACUAAUGACUAGUAUUCAGUCAGCUAGCUUUUCAAAGAGUCUGAAAUGAACUGUUUUAAAUGAGCUUCAGUGAUCUUUUCGGUUUGUGUAAUGUUUUUAGUUAUGAUCGACAGAACAAAGGGAAUUGGGGAAUCAUUUAGUUCAC